GGAAAAUGCCGACAUGCCAGGUCCGUCUAAUCAAGUUGCCGUUCAAACUGAGCCUAUCACAUGCUGUAAGUCUUAACGUUCCUCACUUUAGAUACACGCCCUGGCAGGCAGGUGUCAUGAAACGGACAACAGGGUUAUGCACACAUUGCACGCUGUAGCAGGUAUGGUUGAGCUUCUUACUUGCAACAACUUCUACGCAGAUGAACUUCGCAUGCGGGAGCAAGACCGCAAUAUGCUACGCAGCGUACUUGUGCAGAGUUCUACCUCACGCGACGCCCUAAUGGCACGCUUAAGUGGAAUCUUUACCUAUCGUACAACUGAGAGUGUCCGCAAACGAUUGCAGUACCUGGGAUGGAACUAUGCGGAUCACCGCACGAGUUCGAGACCCUCAACCUCCACAUCCCUUCUUCCACGAACCAUCCUAACACCGGCUUCCGAACGCUACACCCCGCGACUCACCCCGUCCCCCACUUUAUCUCCAUCUUGCGGGGGAUCUCCAACAACGACCUUGACGACCCAAACAACCGUCUCUUCACCCACUCCGUCGGAUAUAGCGGCCGACCUCGACCACUCUCCUAUCCUAACACAGCCGUCCAGAGAUUCGAGUAACCGAAUUGACAGCAGCCACCACAUUUCGACACAAACUGCACUCGCAAUGACGCCUAAGACCUUGCCAACGCGACUAGAGACAGGCCGACUACCACCCCCCAUAAACCCCGCCUCUACCGCGGAGCUGCCCGCGUCUCUCUCACCGAACGAAUCUCCAGAAGUGUCAUCUUCGGCACCUCUAACUCCGGCGCCCGCUACGUCCCAAGAUUCCACUGCCAUCUUUCGGAAUCUUCUUUCCGCCGCCAAGGAGCUUGCCACCAAAUGUCCUUCACCUGAGAAAUCGGAACACGCCUCCCUCCGAGAAUUGCAUGCUGUGUUUACUUUUCCCCUUGAUAUCAACACCUUUGAAUUUCAAUGGAACAAUGCGGCGAGAGAUCUGCAGCACGGAGGAAACAUUGUGCAACGGCACCGUAAUUCGGUUGUCAUGUAUGCAGCGGAAAUCAAUGGCAGGGCAUGUGUUCCCACGUACCGGACGUAA